AUGAAGGCGACAGAAACUGGUCCAAAUGAAGAUCAAAUGAUUGAAAAUGCUGGUAGAGGAGCUUCUAUGAUGUGCCUUCAAGCGCUCGGUGGUUCGCGGCGUAUACAACCACAUAACCAUAAUGCAGCACCAUUAGUAGUGAUACUUGCCGGUAAUAAUAAAACUGGUGCAUAUGGUCUUGCUACCGCACGACAUUUAGCAAAUCAUGGGUGUCAUGUAAUCGCAUGUGUUGUCGGAAAAGACAAAGACUUACUCAAAAGUGUUUCCUAUCAACAAAAGAUUCUAUAUCCAACCGGUGGAAGGUCUGUUAAAACUGUGGCAGAACUACCGCAGCAAUUCACCAAUCCUGUUGAUCUCAUUGUUGACGCCCUACUAGGAUAUCAAUUCACUUUACGAGAUAUAGCAGAUGAACAUGAAAAACUCUUGAUAUGCGAAUUGAUUGAUUGGGCCAACGCUAAUAAAGCACCCAUUCUAAGUUUAGAUAUGCCAAGUGGAGUGAACGGAAAUACAGGUAAUCCUAGUAAUCCCGCUCACUGUAUUCAUCCAAAAUGGACGUUAUGUCUCGGGGCGCCUAAGAGUGGGUGUAAAUCUCGUGCUGUUACUGGAGAGCUAUUUUUAACUGAUAUCGGUAUUCCACGAGUUUGUUGGAAAAGAAUCGGAGUUAAAGGAUGGGGUAUGCCUUGGGGUAGUGAGUAUUUAAUUGGAUUGGAAUACGCCAC